UCUCCCCGUUUCUAUUUUACUCUCUCGAACUUUGCACACACUCUCAAUUCUCAAUUCCAAAGCCAGAACAACUCUCUUAUAACCGUAUCCCCAAAAGCCACGACCUCGAACAACACCAGCUCCCAAGAACUACAAUAAUACAUUACAAAUACCAAAAGUAUGAGAAUUGAGAGUUACAUUUCGGGUUUCCAAUAUUGGCAGGUAUUUUGUUCUGUACGCGCGGGACAAGGAUCACGCUGCCAAAUAUAGAAAUUAAUCAAGAUUUGGCCCCUUCUUUGUGUCCUUCUCUUCUCUAUCACCCCCCAUGAACUUCACAUCUACUGUUAACCCUAAAGCUGGGUUAUUAUCCAACACACAACAAACUCGAUUUGUUCAUAAGAAAACAAUGGAAAUAUUUUACCAGGCCCACAUCGAUAGGGAGAUUGAAUCGCUAAUCGAAAGAAUACAUCCUCCCAGGGUCUGUAUAGACAAUGAUUCUUGCCGAGACUGCACUGUAGUGAAGGUUGAUAGUGCGAACAAGCAUGGGAUAUUAUUGGAGAUGGUCCAGGUGUUGACAGAUCUUGACCUCAUCAUUUCCAAAUCAUACAUUUCCUCUGAUGGUGGAUGGUUUAUGGACGUGUUCCACGUGACUGAUCAAGCUGGCAAGAAGCUCACAGACGAAAAACUCAUGCUCCACAUUCAGCAGGCUCUGUGCGCCACUAGAAGACAAGGAGAGAUUUUAAGGGACUCAGAAAUGUCCAGUUGCAAUGGACCACAGCCGCAACCAAACGUGUCAACGGUGAACACAGCCUUGGAGAUGACUGGGACGGACCGACCGGGCCUUCUAUCAGAGAUAUCAGCAAUGCUGGUGGACUUGGGCUGUAACGUCACCUCUGCAAUGGCCUGGACCCACAAUGACAUUGCGGCCUGCAUUAUCUACGUGGAAGACGCAUCCCAACCUGGGCCCAUCAGCGACCCAAUAAGGUUGGCCCACUUGGAGGAGAAGCUGGAGAACGUGGUGGAGGCCCAUGGUGGGACGGGAGAGAGGAAGUGCGUGAGGUUGACAACCUUCUCCGCCGGGCGCACCCAUACCGAACGGCGGCUCCACCAGCUGAUGUACGCGGACAGGGAUUACGAGAGCUGCCGUGCCUGUCACGGGGAUAGUAGCGGGGAGCACAAGAAGGGGUGUGAUGGGACCCACGUUUCUGUUGGUAGAUGCGAAGACAAAGGGUACUGGGAGGUUAACGUGAGGAGCAGGGACCGUCCUAAGCUACUCUUCGAUACGGUGUGCGUGCUAACGGACAUGCAGUAUGUCGUGUUUCACGCCGCCAUCAGGUCACAGAGACCAAUGGCUGAUCAGGAGUACUUCAUAAGGCACAGCAUGGGUAGUUCAACUCUGGACAGCGAAAGCGAGAGGCAAAAGUUCACCUUAUGCUUAAUUGCUGCUAUAGAGCGCAGAGUCUCGCAUGGAUUAAGGGUGGAUAUUCGCACUGAAAAUAGAGUAGGGCUGCUAUCGAGUGUGACGCGGGUCUUUCGUGAAAAUGGACUAUCCAUAUCAAGGGUUGAGAUUAGAACAGAGGGGGAGAAAGCAGUGGGAUCGUUCUUUGUUACAGAUUCUUCAGGUCGAGAAGUGAACCCAAAUAUAGCGGAGUUGGUGAGACGAGAGUCUGGUGGAUCCAUCGUUACUGAUCACAAGUCGCCCCAUAGGGUACCUCAAUCAUCACCCUCAUCGGUUAUACGUGAAACCAAGAGCAGUGUAGAGGCUAAGCCAAGAUUUUCUCUUGGAAGAAUGCUAUGGUCUCAUUUAGAGCGCUUUUCCGGUAAUUUUGGCCCCAUUAAUUAGAUCCUGAUAAGCUCCCGUCUCCGGAAAUGGUGUUCUAUUUCAAGGAAUGUCCCUACUAAAUUGCUGUAUACACAAAAAUGAGAAGGGGUAGAGUUGUUCUAACUUCUAUUUUGAUUGUCACUGUACAUAUUUUAUCAUUAAAAUCCCAGGCUAUUACACGAUGAGAAAUGAGAUUGACAGGCUAAUUUGUACUCUUUAAGUGGUAUGAGCAAUGAGCUUAGUAGGAUAUGGCUUUGAGUGUAUUGAGAUUGAGGAAUGGAUCUUCCUACAUGAGUUUUUAACAUGACAUGAUCAUGAAAAGAGAGAAAUACACACAUACAAUAAACAAGUGGAACUCUAAUAAAAUUUGUAAAACCCUAUUUAAUAUGU